UCUGUACAGCUGUGUGUUGUGCUUUUCGGACGUAAACACACAACAUGCACACACAUCCGAAUGUGAUUGAAAUGUGAAUAAAUAAAAUAUUUUUGAUAAUAAGAAACAUAUCUAGUUCGCUGUCGGUGUGUUACGAUUUCUUCAGUGGCAACAAUGUCGCAAAAAUAGUAAAAAAUAAUUCGAUCGAAAGACGAUCUAAUCAAAUGUUUCGAUUUGUUUGAAACUUGAGUGGUGUAUCUUUAAGAGCGUUUCAGUAGAGCGAGCAUACUGAUAGUGUGCUGUUGCUGGCUUAUUUUUCAACAAUUCAUUGACCGUGUACGAUAUUGCGUACAGUAAAACUAUUUAAACCAUGGAACGAAUUUUACGUGGUAUUAUGCGAUAUAGACAUACGACGCGAGAACAAAUGGUCAAAGAAUUUCAAAAAGUCCGUGAUAAUCCACAGCCAAAAGCAGUCUUUUUCACAUGCAUGGACAGUAGAAUGAUUCCGACUAGAUUUACAGAGACCCAUGUGGGCGACAUGUUUGUUGUUCGUAACGCUGGCAACUUAAUUCCACAUGCGCAACACUUUCAAGACGAAUACUUUAGCUGUGAACCGGCGGCACUAGAAUUGGGCUGUGUGGUAAAUAACAUUCGACACAUAAUUGUUUGCGGUCACAGUGACUGUAAGGCUAUGAAUUUAUUAUAUUCAUUACGGGAUCCAGAACUGGCAUCGUUGGAUAACCGUCGCAUAUCACCAUUAAAAGCAUGGCUGUGCGAGCAUGCCAAUUCAAGUUUAGAUCGAUUUUUGGAAUGGAAGAACAACGGAAUGAAAGAUCCGCUGGUCUUUUCGUCAGAAACCCCAUUAAGGAAAUUCGUGGCCUACAUCGAUCCGGAUAACAAAUUCGCUGUCGAAGACAAACUAUCCCAAAUCAAUACAUUGGAGCAAUUGUCGAAUAUCGCUUCGUAUGGCUUUCUGAAGAAACGACUGGAAACACACGAUUUGCACAUUCAUGCCUUAUGGUUCGACAUCUACACAGGUGAUAUCUACUACUUCAGUCGCGGUUCCAAGUGUUUCGUUGCUGUGGAUGAGAGUAGCGUGGACCGAUUAUUGGAUGAGGUAGCACAGUUAGACGAAACAAAAUAGCACAUCAAUCAUCACACUGUUCCACCAUAAAACACAAUAAAUAGAACAACAUAAAAUCACUCACUAGAUCAUCCACUAAACAGCCUCCAAUGUCAAUAUACUAACAUCAUACACAUAUCGAAUAACAACAGAUCAUAAGCUCUUCAGUGACACAAGAGGGGUGCGGUGAGGUAUUAGUGUUCUUUAACAACCGUUGGUUUGUCAAAUUCGAAAUUUUCGUAAUAAAUUUUCAUUUGUAAAUAAUUGCACCGUUUUUUGUAUACGAUCACAGCGAAGAUUUCCCACGGAAACACAUCUGGAAAUCGAUUGUUAGAUCGAUUUGUGAGAAUUGAUGAUCGACGACACCACACUUUUUGUCAAAUUUUAGGAAAUAUUGAUUAAAUAAGGUGGCCUUUAAGUGACAAUACAAUAAUUUAGCCGUAAAUAGAAUUAUAUUGUGCGCAUUUACUUGUCUAUAAUGGUUAAGCUGUGAAAAUAA